AGGUAUGUUUGUAUUUUCAUGUUGCAUUUAAGAAAUCCCCAAACACAAUUGUGUUUCACAUCAUUGUCGUCAAUGACCAGAAUCAGAGUUUCAAACCCUCACAGAUUUCUUAAAAACCUCUUCGCUCCUUCUCCUUCCACCAAAACCUUCCAUUCCCUUCAUCAACCUCAACACACACAAUCAAAUUCAAACAAACCCAACACUCCAUUUCGCAGCAAAACCACCCAGAAACCCACGAAAUCCAAGAAAAACGGUUCACAUUCUCCUCCUCCUGUUACCAGAGAAUACAUGAGGAACGUAAUUGGGAAUAUUCACAAAACCCUAAAGUAUUCAUCUUGGGAUUCCGCUGAGCGAGAGCUUGAAAAUCUCCCUUUGAAAUGGGACUCAUACACUGUGAAUCAGGUUCUGAAAUCACACCCUCCAAUGGAAAAAGCAUGGUUGUUCUUCAAUUGGGCUUCUCGUCUCAAAGGGUUCAAGCACGACCAAUUCACUUGCACAACCAUGCUUGAUAUUUUCGGUGAAGCAGGGAGAAUUUCCUCCAUGAAACAUGUUUUCAAUCAUAUGCAAGAGAAAGGGAUUACGAUUGAUUCUGUUACUUACACUUCGAUGAUGCAUUGGCUUUCGAGUUCCGGGAAUGUGGAUGAGGCAAUUGCGUUGUGGGAUGAAAUGAAAUCGAAGGGAUGUUACCCAACUGUUGUUUCUUACACUGCUUUUAUCAAGAUUCUGUUUGAUAAUCAUAGAGUUAAGGAAGCUACUGGUGUUUACAAGGAGAUGCUUCAAUCUGGUUGUGUUCCGAAUUGCUACACUUAUACAGUUCUCAUGGAUCAUCUCAUUGGCUCUGGAAAGUGCAAAGAAGCUCUUGAGAUUUUUGAAAGGAUGCAAGAGGCUGGAGUUGAACCUGAUAAAGCCGCAUGUAAUAUUCUGAUUGAAAAGUGUUCUAAAGUUGGUGGGACUGAGUUCAUGACCCAUAUACUUCGGUAUAUGAAAGAAAACCAUUAUGUUCUUCGUUACCAUGUUUUUGUGGAAGCAAUUGAAGCUUUUAAAAUUGCUGGUGAGAGUGAUACUCUUCUAAGGCUAGUCAAUCCACACUUUUAUUUGGAUUGUAUUUUUAGGAAGAAGGCAAAUGACAGUGACAAAGUCAUUGAUGAUUCCUCUGCUAAUAUUGAUAAAGAACUUUUAUUUGCUCUCUUGAAAAGUAGAAAGGUUGUUGCUAUUGACCACUUACUUCAAGCAAUGAUGGAUAAGAAAAUAGUUGUAGAUAAUAAGGUUAUCUCAACCAUUAUAGAGGUCAAUUGUAAUUGUUCUCGGCCUGAUGGUGCUUUGUUGGCUUUUAAGUAUAGUGUAACGUUGGGAAUAAGUCUUGAGAGAACAGGAUAUAUUUCCUUAGUGGGAUUGUUAAACAGAUCAAAUAUGUUUCCAAAACUGGUGGAAAUUGUUGGGGAAAUGACUAGAGCUGGGCAUUCUCUUGGAAUCUAUUUGGCGUCGCUUUUAAUUUAUAGGCUUGGUUGUGCUAGGCAGCCAUCUAUCGCUUUGAAGAUUUUCAAUUUAUUACCUGAUAAUCAUAAGUGUAUUGCUUCGUACACUGCUUUAAUUAGUGUUUACUUAUCUGCUAAAAGAGUUACUAAGGCACUUGGAAUUUACAAAAUCAUGCAUCGAAAAGGAAUUUGUCCUACAUCAGGCACUUAUAAUAUAUUAGUAGCUGGUUUGGAAAAAAAUGGCAGAUAUUCUGAAGCAGAACUUCAUAGGAAAGCAAAGAAGAGCCUACAUUCUAAUAUUGGUUCUCGAGAAAAUCUUUCCAUAGAGGGAAAGAUAUGUAACCUUCUAUUUGCUGGGGAUGUAAUACUUUGAAUUUGAUGCACUAAGAAUUCUCAUUGUUGAUUCAAGAUGAGGGCAUGUUAAGCAGUUGCUAUUGGAGAAUCAAAUAUGUCAUUUGUGCCGCAUGGCACGAGCUGCUUUUUUGUUGAGAAGUCAUGCAUGUUUUGAUCCCAAGAUCAAGUUCAUGAGAUAUUCCAACACAGUCUAACUGUACAUGUCUAUCUGCCUUUGCAACAUCUUGCAGGAAAUGCUUUGGAAUAGUUUAACUUGAGAACCAAUAUUGGCUAAUAUUCCGAAGCAGAACUUCAUGUUGAUUAGAUGCCAACACGGUAUAACUGUACAUAAAACAAGAACUCUGUAAAGGAUGCUCCUAUGCUGCUGCUCAUAACCUUGAUGUCCCAGCCAGAGACAUGAUGUGGGGGCACUGCUCUACGCACAUAGUACUGAAAAGUCCCUGACUUACGCUGUUACGCAUGGUUACUUUUAAAGUAUGUCUUCUCCAUCAUAGGCAUCCAUGGAAUUUUUUGGAAACCAGUCUAAUUCAAUGGCAAUUUUUCUUUCAACUGAGCAGGUGUCAAUUACAUGGAUGAGCAAGAUCCAAGUGUGAAAUUUCCAUUAUUCAUUUCCAUGGGAAAAUUAGGACUUAUCUUCCUCUCUCGUUGUCAAUGGUGCCACACAAGUGUAGUAGUUUAUUUUAUCUACUUCUAGUCUUAUAUAAAUGAUAAAUAUCUUUUUAUCCUCAUCUUCUUUUGUGCUUGUUUGCGCGCAUAUUAAUGAAUAGUUAUGAGGAUAUACCUAUGAGAAACAGAUUUUUUGUGAUUUUUGUGAUGAUCCUUUAGUUUUAGUUGAACAUCUAACAUAUUUAUAUUUAAGCUUUGUUUAGACUAGUUUUUGCUUAAGCAUACAUAAUACAGAGAAUAUGAAAUGUAAGUUUAACAAAAGAAACGUUUCUAACCUAUCGGUGAAAGUUGAAAAUCAUAUUAUUCUUCAAAUCACACGAUUUAAAUAUUUUGGGUCCAAUACAAAAAUGAUGGGGAAAUAGAAUGGGAUGUAAAUCAUUGAAUUCAAACGGGGUGAUUGAAAUGGAUGAGAGCUUUAGAGAUUUUAUGUGGUAAGACCUACGUUGUUGUAUAAGACAAAAUGUUGGGUGUUUAAGAAUCAAUACAAGAAUAAAGUAGGUGUAGCAGAGAUGAUACUACAUUUGAUAAAUAGUAAGACUAGACGUUUGAUGAAUAGUAAGACUAGCCAGGAUAUGAUUAGAGAUGAAAAUAUAUUAGAGAAUACAUAUAGCAGAGAAAUGGUAAACGUUUGAUGAAUAGUAAGACUAGACAUGAUAUGAUUUAGGGGUGU